GUCUUUCAGAAUUUCAGUCAUGUGAUAAAUUUUGUAUGAAACUUGAUAAAUAUAUUCGUGAAGGAGUUUAAUAGACCUACAUCAAUUAAAAUUGAUUAAAAUCGUAUGUAUAUCAUUGUUGAAAUUUUCAAAUGCACACACAUGUACAGUGGCUGUCAGGCUUGGCUAGAAACAGAUUAGAAAUCUCGCUUCAAAUUACUCGAACACUUUGUUUUUCAACACCACAAAAUUUAUUUAAUGUAUCGUUCACUCCACUGGAAUAUUUUAACUGAAAACGUCGCUCACAAAUAACGCUCGUCGUGUAUAUAUUAUGGGAGCAACAUUUACGUUGAAUCUAUUAACAAACCCAGACGGAAAAUCAUCUUCCGCUCGUUCGAACGUAGUCGGCUGUUGGUUAAGGUUGAAAAUUAAUAGUCAUUUUGUACGACUGCGAUAGCGAUCAAGAAAAAUGAAAAUUCAUGAACUCGUUUACUGGUAUCAAAAGAAAAUUGGUGCUUAUGACAAACAGCAAUGGGAGAAAACAGUGGAACAACAUAUCCUUGGAGGAUUUACCCAUGUUCCAAUGAGAACUGCAAAGCUAAAAACAGAACUAAUCGAUGUUGAUCUUGUCCGAGGUUCUUCUUUCCCAAAAGCCAAGCCAAAGCAUGGAUUGUCGACAGUAGCUUGCUUGGCGCUUCAACGUCUAUUAUUUCUUCCAUUAUAUAGCAAGUGGUGGAUACAGCAGACUAGUUUAAAGAUUUUUACUUUAUUUUUAUUACUGUAUAGCUUGCAGUUGAUCAAUAUGUGUGUGUAUUUUUGUCAUAUGAUCAAGGACAAUGAAAGUGAUAUAGUCUCGACAUCGGAAGUAUUAAUACCUGUUAUUAUGAUGUUAACAUUAUGCAUCAUCCAUUCUCAUAUUGUCUCGACCCAUUCAGGUCCGAUUAUGCCUGAUGGACAGAAUAAACGAAAAACUGUUAAACGUCUACGACAUACUCGAUGUCGUAUGGGUAAAUCGAGAACUAGACAAAAUUUACGUUUGCAUGAAGAUUCAAAAUCGUCUCAGGACACAGCGUCUGAGAAAGCUAGCACAGUAAGCGACGAAGUAUUAACAUCUGUAAGAUUCGGUAAAAAAGUUAUAAUUGAGAAUUCUUUAACUGUAAGCCGGUCACAGGAAUUUGUGACUGCUCAAGCACCCUGUGAUAAUGAGCCAGUAAAUAACGUGGCUGUCAACAAUCCUAUGAAUGGAGCUCCAGCUGGUCAUACUCAAUCAAACGAUGUUUCCGAACAAGAUAUAAGUAAUGUACAUCAGGACGACGACGGAUUUGAAAGUUUAAAUGGAAAUGUGUCCAGUGAUAAUGUUAAAAGUGUUACGCAAGUAACAGUAGACAAGCAGAAAAAGAACGAGUUGCAUAAAAACAGUGAGGAACAUACACUUUGGUUGGAAGACACUGCUAAUCGACAAUCCGUACAACAAAAAUUUUCAGCAUCGGAGUUAUUGAAGACAGAAGACAAUUCUACAAAUAGCGAGCCAGAAACUUCUAAUAAAGUGGACAAAGACUGUCUAAUGGGAAUAGGGUCAACAGAAGGUCGUCGUCCCUGUGAAAGCGAGGAAGAAGGAGAAUGUGAAGAGGCAGUGACCAACCAUUUGACAGAAGCUACAACUUCAGCUACAGAAUGGAUGGGUGUAACAACGAAUAGUGACGAAUGUAGUUACAGCUCAGAGCUCGAGGAAUCUGAUUUACAUAGUGAAACGACCAAGAAUUAUGGAGAAUUCGUGGAACAUCCGUUUUCUUGGGAAUUUGAAUUGCCACCAUCUAUAAUGCUCAGUUCUAAUUGUGCUGCGUACGAUCGUGUUUCAUGUACUAUAUGGACGCGACGUGAUAUAAAAAAGGCUGAACUAUCGGUAUUGGACAUCAGUUCGGCUAUUAUUGCUAGAGUAGAGUCAAUGCCCGAAAGUAUGAGCUACUUUUACGGAGGCCUAAUGCUUAGCCUUGUGCUGUCUUUAAUACCAUCAAUCAAACGAUUAAGCGACCAUAUCGGGAUGGACAAUAGUAACAAUGUAACUAGUUCCUUAAUACCAAAUGACUUAAUUUAUGUCAAUUUGGAAACAUAUAGCGAUAUUUUAACUAAAAUCAUAGAUCUGGCAUUUGGGACGACUCUGUGGGAGCGGAUGAUAGUGCUUAUAUCGGCAUUCGAGAGACUUGUGCUAUCGUCGUUAUUAUUUUUCCUGUUAGCAGUCGCGGAACGUACUUAUAAACAGAGGCUACUGUACGCGAAGCUUUUUUCCCAUUUAACAUCGUCGAGGCGUGCUAGAAAAUCUGACCUACCGCAUUUCCGAUUAAAUAAAGUGCGGAACAUAAAAUUAUGGUUGAGUGUGAGAUCUUAUUUGAAGAGAAGAGGACCGCAACGUUCCGUGCAUGUAAUAGUGUCAGCAGUAUUCAUUGUUACCUUAUUAUUGUUAUCAUUCGUGAGUUUGGAGUUGAUUAAGGAUCUUGAAAGUUUGCAUUCCCGAUAUAAUGUUGAGGCGUUGUUUUGGAGUUUUUCUCUCGGAAUAUUUAUAUUACGUUUUAUGACGCUGGGUACAAAGAUUAAUAAAAAAUAUAGAAAUCUUUCAGUCCUCAUUACGGAACAGAUUAAUUUAUAUUUACAAAUAGAACAGAAGCCGCAUAAAAAGGAAGAGCUUAUGGUAGCAAAUAAUGUUCUGAAAUUAGCAGCGGAUUUAAUAAAGGUAAUGUAAAAGUUAAUCUCUUUUAUUUGAUUACAGGAUAUAAUUAAUUUACGUCUUAUAGGAACUUGAAUGUCCUUUUAAAAUAUCUGGUCUAUCAGCCAACCCGUAUUUGUAUACAAUUACAAAAGUGGUACUAUUAUCCGCUCUCUCGGGAGUGCUUUCAGAAUUACUUGGUUUUAAACUUAAACUGCAUAAGAUAAAAAUUAAAUAAAAUGAGGGACAUUGUAAUACAUAUUUAUUUCCGUGUAACUACCUCAUGAUGUUAAAUAAUUAGUAGACGUAAGAGUUUUGCAAUUAAAUAUUGCAGUUACUCGUAGUAUUUCGAGCAAACGUUUCACAAAGAUCUACUUUUAUUCCUUCUACAAUUUACGACUAUAUACAUAUAAAAAUGUAUGUACAUUUUCAUUUUGUGUUCUGUAUUAUCAUAACGACGUCAGACGACGUAAAAUUAAUAAACUGCUGUGAUUUUCUGUGAAAAGGAAAAGUUUUACAAUUAAUUGUUUUAGUAAAAUUUCUAUGUUGAGAUAUUGGGAAUAAAUAUUUUGUCUUGUUUAAAAAUGAUGUUCAGUUUGUAUAAUAAUAUUUCUGUUCGAAUUAUGAGAAAUCUAUUAUAUUAACGAUGAAAUGUAAAUGUGAUUGUUGAUGUUGCCUACAUGAGUCAAACACAUACGUAUUGAUAUUUUGAACAUGUAAGAUAUUUAAUAGUGUGUAUACUGUACAUACUUGUUUUAAGUGGAAUAUAAAAGUAUAAAACGAAACGAAAAAUAAUGCUUGUAUAGUUAUAUGUAUACAAUAUUAUACAUGCUCGUGCAUGUUUAAGUUAGAUACAUUAUGUAAACUGUGUUUAGAGAAAUUCUAAAAUUAAAAGAUAGUACCGAUACCAAAAAUUCAUGUAAGAUCUAAGUUAUUUUUGAAAUCAUUUUGCGUGUAUUUCUAUGUGUUAAAUAAAUAAAGAUGAAUAGAUA